AUGCAGUACCGUGUGAUCAUGGCGGCUACUCUGGCCAUUGGCGCCUACGCCGCUCCCGCUCCCCUCAUCACUGGCGCUCCAUCUCUCUCUCGUCGUCAGGAUAGUGAGGGUGGCUCCGGCGGAAGCAGUGUUCUUGAUGCUCCCAUGACCAUCGCUGCCGGCGAGUCAUUCGAUGGUGGCAAUGCCAUCUUUGACCGUGGUGUUUCUUGCACUGGUCAGGUGGAGGGCGGCGACUCUGAUGCCGUCUUCAUCCUCGAGAAGGGCGCCACGCUUUCUAAUGUCCGUAUUGGUCCCAACCAGAUCGAGGGCGUUCACUGCAACGGUGGCUGCACUCUCAACAAUGUUGUCUGGGACGCCGUCUGCGAGGAUGCUUUCUCCAUCAAGAAGCAGGAAGAUGGUGAGACCACUACCAUCAACGGUGGCGGCGCUACCGGCGCCGAGGACAAGGUCAUUCAGCAUAACGGUGGAGGUACCGUCAUCAUCAAGGACUUCGAGGUCUCUGACUUUGGCAAGCUCUACCGCAGCUGCGGCAACUGCAAGGAGAUGCCUGCUCGUCACGUCGAGAUCUCUGGUGGCUCUGCCAGCGACGGAAAGAUACUGGUCGGCAUCAACCCUAACAUGGGUGACACCGCCAAGAUUUCCGGCAUCCAGCUCACCAACGUUCCCAAAGAGUGCAUUACUUUCGAGGGUGUCACUGAUGGCAGUGAGCCCAAAGAGGUUGGCACUUGCGACGGCUCCGGUUCUGACUCUGGUUCCGACUCCGGCUCCGGCUCCGGCUCUGGAGACUCUACUGAGACCCCCGCUACCCCUACCACUCCUGCUGAUGGCUCUGAAGCCCCUGCCGCAUCUGAGGUUGCUGACCCUGUUGAGACCUCGGCUGAUGGUUCUCAGGGUGAUGACCAAUCUGGUGACGACCAGUCCGGCGACAACGAUGAUUCUAGCAACGAUGAUUCUGAUGAUGACAAGAAGGACGACAACUCUGACGAUGAGAACAAGGAUGAAGAGUCCGACAACGAGAACCAGGACCAAGAGUCUGAGUCCGAUAACCAGCAAGCCCAGCCUUCUCAACCCAACUUCAACUUUGGAAGCGGUGGCUUCGGUGGCUUCUGA